AUUUAAGUUUAACCGUGAAAUCCUGAUUUCCCUUUGUCAACAAUGUUCUCUCCCAGACGCAUAAUUCCCGCCGAACACCACCACUACCCAUUCUCCACCGCAAUCUCCGCCGCCAUCGCCGCCAACACAACCACCACACCUUCCCUCCCAGAAUCCUACAAAAUACAACCUCCAAUCAAACCCUGGCCCAACCGCCUAAACCCUAAACUACUCUCAUCCCUCAUUUCCCACCAACAUGACCCAAUCCUCUCCCUUCAAAUCUUCCACCACGCCCAACACCACCACCGUCCUCGCUUCUCCCACAAUCCCCAAACCUACCAAGCAAUCUUCCUCAAACUCUCUCGAUUCCGCCGAUUCACCGAAAUCGAAUCCCUCCUCUCCGACCUACGACGUUCACCGCAGCAAUUCGAUAUUUGCUGCGGUGAAGAACCUCUUGUAACCGUGAUUCGCGGUUACGGACUUGCUGGAAAGCCUUUACGGGCUCUCAAAACCUUUCUGAGGAUCGAAUCUUAUGGGAUUCGACCCUCGGUUAGGUCACUGAAUGCAUUGUUGAACUCUUUGGUUCAGAGUAAGCGUUAUCGUUUGGCGUUUUUGGUGUUUAAGAAUUCUAGUGAUAGGUUUAGGGUUUUGCCUAAUGUUGUUAGUUGUAAUAUCUUGCUUAAGGCCCUUUGUAAAGGGAAUGAGGUUGAAGUUGCUGUUAGGGUUUUGGAUGAGAUGCCUGGGAUGGGUUUGGUUCCUAAUGUUGUUAGUUAUACUACUGUUUUGGGUGGGUAUGUUUGGAGGGGUGAUAUGGAUGGUGCUAUGAGGGUUUUUCGCGAGGUUUUGGAUAGAGGGUGGAAUCCUGAUGUGACUAGUUAUACUGUUUUGGUGGAUGGAUUUUGUAGGUUAGGGAAAUUGGUGGAUGCAAUUAGGGUAAUGGAUAUUAUGGAGGAGAAUGGGGUUGAACCCAAUGAGGUUACUUAUGGUGUUAUGAUUCAGGCUUACUGCAAGGAGAAGAAAUCCGGGGAAGCCGUUAAUUUGCUUGAGGAUAUGCUUGAGAAGGAUUGUGAUCCGGGUUCGGUGCUGUGUUGUAUGGUUGUUGAUUUGUUGUGUGAGGAAGGGAAUGUUGAGAGAGCUUGCGAGGUGUGGAGUAAGGUUUCCAGGAAGAAUUCUACCCUCAAUGGUGCUGUCGUUGUGAGUACACUUAUACAUUGGCUUUGCAAAAAGGGGAAUGUAUUGGAGGCAAGGAACUUGUUUGAUGAGUUUGGGAAGGGAUCGGUUGCCAGUCUCUUGACAUAUAACACAUUGAUUGCUGGAUUGUGCGAGGGAGGGGAGCUUUGUGAGGCUGCGAGGUUGUGGGAUGAAAUGGUGGAAAAGGGUGUUGCUCCUAAUGAAUUUACCUAUAACAUGUUGAUUAAAGGGUUUUGUAAGGUUGGAAAUGCCAAAGAGGGUAUAAGAAUUCUGGAGGAGAUGUUGGAAAAUGGGUGUUUGCCCAACAAAUCAACCUACUUAAUGUUGAUUGAUGGGCUUUUGCUUUCAGGUGGAAUGAAACGGGAAAUCAACAAGUUAGUUUCAUCAGCCAUGUCCACUGGAGUUGAUGCUGACUUGUGGAAUCAUUUUGUAAAACCUGUUGUGGGGAAUGUAGAUGGAUGUGCAGCUGAACUGGAUAGGAUAUUAUUAGAAAAUGCAGUGUGAUAAUCCGCUGAGGUAUGCUGUUGAAUAUGAUCUUUGGAAGGUGAUGGCAAAAGGGAGGAGGGUUGUGCAAUUCAAUAUCGUCAUGUUCUUAUACAAAAAUGACUGCUUUGGGAUCAUCCAAGUAUAUGGAUACAUUGGUUCCUUUUUCAGAUUUCUUUAACUGGAACAAGGUGAAGUGAUGCUAUUGUGAUGGUUCAUCCUUUGCUGGUCACCCAGAAACAACAAGGAAGUGGGUUGUUCUUCAGAGGCCAGAUCAUAUGGGAAGCUAUUAUGAAUGAACUAUUAUCAAUUGGCAUGUUGAAAGCGAAACAGGUUUGGAUGGUCUUGAAGGAGCUAAUGGAGUUUAAGCUUGUUUUCUAAUCUUUCAAGAUGAUUGCUACAAGGCUUUUAAAUAGAAAAUUUAAAAUUUCUGAGGUGUAAGCAAACUGCCCCUGAUAUCUAGCCUUAUUAAGAUAUUAAGCUACAGUAUGCUGCCGGUAUACUAUUUUUCGUCUUUCUCAUUUUUUCUAAUUUGUAUUUGCAGCUACGGUAUGAUGUAGGUAUUGGUAUACUAUUUGAAAUUGUGUUCUGGUUCCUAGUAGGGGCACUACUUGUGCUUAUUGCAUUAGAGUAAUAUGUGGUUUCUUAUUUUGGGUGUUAACCAAGUUAUAAAAUUAGAUGCCAAAUAUGAAUCAUAAGUACAAGAUGGGGGAUUUAAUGAUUGCGUGUCUAUAUAAGUUGUGUUUGUGUGCAUAAGUCUGUAUAAGUUGUGUUUGUUUGCUUAAGUCUGUAUAAGGGGUAUUAAGGUGUUUAUAAUCUAUAUUAAGAUGCCAAACUGAUAAUAUUUUGUUCUGUUGAAUUGAGUUCUGUUUAACAGAUCAUGUUACUGGUAGUUCAAAAUUCACAAGGUGUUUUUGAUUCUUACUACAAAAUUGACAUUGCAAAGCUAUCUACAAUUUAUAGAACUAUAUGUCCUAAAUCUGCUUUCAGAAUUAUCAUUUACUUUUCACUGUGUGAAGGGUUAUUUAGAUGACGUAGAUGAAGGGAAGUAUUAUGAAGGAUAAAAUAAAAUAAAUAUGGAAUUUGUUCACAGUAUUUUAGGGGAAGUUGAAUUUGCUAGGAUACUUGCUUUGUUUAAUUGCUUAAGUGUUGUAGAAUUUCAGUUGAUUUAAUCUGUUUUAGAGGAUUGUGGUGAGAAUUAAAAUAGGGAAAUCAGUAGAGAGAUUUUUGGCUUUGGGAGUUUGAGAUUUGGAAUUGAUGGAAUAUUGCGGUGAAAUGAAACAUAUGUUGUUAAUAUCAGAUAGCGGCGAC